AUAUAAAUCACUCAACCCCUACUCUUUUGUUCUCUUCUUUUUCCUUGUAUCUCUAACUUAAAUUAAAUUUCCCACCGGACUAAUGCAGCUGGUGGUUUCACCGCCGUCCGUUGACUGGCCGGCCACCGCUGUUAAGCGGUCUUCCUACUUAGCCAACCGCCGUAGCACUGCUGAUAACAAGGUCCGAGGUCUAAUUGGUACCUGCAGUUGGCUGAGUGGAGGAGAGAAAUCGCUGAGCUUGUUUGGUUUUGAGCAGAGAGAAAGCUGGAGGAGUAGGAGUAGGAGGAGAGUGAUGACUCCAGUGGCAUCUUUGGGAGGUUUAUUGGGAGGUAUUUUUAAGUCUUCAGAUUCUGGCGAGUCUACAAGGCAGACGUAUGCCGCAACAGUAUCGCUUAUCAAUGGAAUGGAAUCAAUGAUGUCUUCUUUAUCCGACUCUCAAUUAAGGGAGAAGACAGCUUCUCUGCAAGAAAGGGCUCGCCGUGGAGAUUCCUUGGACUCCCUUUUACCGGAAGCAUUUGCUGUUGUCAGAGAGGCUUCAAAAAGAGUUCUGGGCCUUCGUCCUUUUGAUGUGCAACUUAUAGGUGGAAUGGUUCUCCAUAAGGGAGAAAUAGCUGAAAUGAGGACUGGUGAAGGAAAGACUCUUGUUGCCAUUUUACCUGCUUACUUGAAUGCGUUGACCGGAAAAGGAGUUCAUGUGGUAACAGUCAAUGACUACUUGGCACGCCGAGAUUGUGAAUGGGUUGGUCAAGUUCCCCGUUUUCUAGGGCUAAAAGUUGGGCUCAUCCAACAGAACAUGACUAGUGAACAAAGGAGGGAGAAUUACUUGUGUGACAUCACUUACGUGACUAAUAGCGAGCUGGGUUUUGAUUACCUGAGAGAUAAUCUUGCCACGAGUGUGGAUGAGCUUGUCGUGAGAAAUUUCAAUUACUGUGUGAUUGACGAGGUUGACUCUAUUCUGAUUGAUGAAGCCAGGACUCCCCUAAUCAUAUCUGGACCUGCUGAAAAACCUAGUGAUCAGUAUUAUAAAGCUGCUAAGGUAGCAGCUGCCUUUGAGCGCGAUAUUCAUUAUACGGUUGACGAGAAGCAAAAAAAUGUCUUACUGACAGAGCAGGGCUAUGCAGAUGCUGAAGAAAUUCUGGAUGUGAAAGACUUGUAUGAUCCGAGGCAACAAUGGGCAUCAUAUAUUUUGAAUGCAAUAAAAGCCAAAGAACUUUUUCUUAAAGAUGUGAAUUAUAUCAUUCGCGGGAAGGAGAUUCUUAUAGUAGAUGAGUUCACUGGCCGAGUCAUGCAGGGGAGACGUUGGAGUGAUGGACUUCACCAAGCAGUGGAAGCGAAGGAAGGCCUGCCCAUUCAAAAUGAAACUGUAACGUUAGCGUCAAUUAGCUACCAGAACUUCUUUCUCCAGUUCCCAAAGCUUUGUGGCAUGACUGGCACUGCCGCAACAGAAAGUGCAGAAUUUGAGAGCAUUUACAAACUCAAAGUAACUAUGGUGCCUACGAACAAGCCAAUGAUAAGAAAGGAUGAUUCCGAUGUAGUCUUUCGCGCAACUUCUGGCAAAUGGAGAGCAGUUGUUGUAGAAAUUUCUAGAAUGCAUAAAAUAGGUCGACCUGUACUGGUUGGUACAACCAGUGUUGAGCAGAGUGAUGCACUGUCAGAGCAGUUGCGUGAAGCUGGGAUCCCCCAUGAGGUUCUGAAUGCUAAACCAGAAAAUGUGGAAAGAGAAGCUGAGAUUGUGACACAGAGUGGGCGUCUUGGUGCAGUUACAAUUGCAACUAACAUGGCAGGUCGCGGGACAGAUAUAAUUCUUGGUGGUAAUGCAGAAUUCAUGGCAAGACUGAAGUUGAGAGAAAUAUUAAUGCCAAGAGUUGUCAGACCAGCUGAAGGAGUUUUUGUCUCUGUAAAGAAACCUCCUCCAAAGAGGACAUGGAAGGUUAGUGAAAGUCUAUUUCCAUGCACACUAUCCAAAGAAAAGACCAAGCUGGCUGAGGAAGCUGUAGACGUUGCUGUCAAAAUGUGGGGUCCGAAAUCGUUAACGGAACUAGAAGCAGAGGAACGAUUGUCUUAUUCUUGUGAAAAGGGUCCUGUUCAAGAUGAAGUAAUUGCAAAGCUACGCAGUGCUUUUCUAGAAAUUGUUGGAGAAUAUAAAGUCUACACUGAAGAAGAGAAAAAGGAGGUUAUUUCGGCUGGUGGGCUCCAUGUGAUCGGGACUGAACGACAUGAGUCGCGGCGAAUCGACAAUCAGCUGCGUGGUCGAAGUGGUAGACAAGGAGAUCCCGGAAGUUCCCGCUUCUUCCUUAGUCUUGAAGACAACAUAUUCCGUAUAUUUGGCGGAGAUCGGAUUCAGGGGAUGAUGAGAGCAUUUAGAGUGGAGGACUUACCAAUUGAAUCAAAGAUGUUGACAAAAGCACUCGAUGAAGCUCAACGGAAAGUAGAAAAUUACUUUUUUGACAUCAGGAAGCAAUUAUUUGAAUACGAUGAGGUAUUGAAUAGCCAAAGAGACCGGAUAUAUACCGAGAGAAGAAGGGCCCUAGAAGCGGAUGACCUCCAAGCUCUCCUUAUUGAAUAUGCUGAAUUAACAAUGAAUGACAUCUUGCAGGCAAAUGUUGGUUCUGAUGCUCCAAAAGAAAGUUGGGAUCUCGAGAAGCUUAUUUCAAAGCUGCAACAGUAUUGCUAUCUGCUGAAUGAUUUGACACCUGAUUUGUUGGCGGCUAAUUGUUCAACUUAUGAGGAAUUGCAGCAGUAUCUUCAGCUACGUGGACGUGAAGCAUAUCUCCAGAAGAGGGAUAUUGUGGAGAAAGAAGCUCCAGGUUUGAUGAAAGAAGCAGAGAAGUUUCUAAUAUUGAACAACAUUGAUCGUCUGUGGAAAGAACACUUGCAAGCACUCAAGUUUGUUCAGCAGGCUGUGGGGUUACGAGGCUAUGCACAAAGGGAUCCACUAAUUGAAUACAAACUUGAAGGGUACAACCUUUUCAUUGAGAUGAUGGCACAGAUCAGGAGGAAUGUCAUAUAUGCUGUUUAUCAGUUUAAACCAGUCAUGGUGAAGCCGCAAGACCAGAAAAAGAGUGGCAAGGUGGACAAACUCAACACAAAUGGGAGGGGAGGUAAUGGUGCUACCAAUCCGUCUCCAUCAGCUGUUAGCUCACAGUCUAGCACAUAAGACAAUUGUUCUGGAACCAACAGUUUUGGGGAGAGCAGAAGCGAUGCGCGGUACGUUCUUUCACAAACACAUAAUUCUGAAGUGCAGAGCAACCCAGAUUUCACUUGCAAGUGAAAUAAAGUGACCACAGGAUACAUUGUGAAUCAAGCAGCCUAAUCUCAGCUAAGAUUUAAGAUACAAAAUUCAGUAAGCCUCUGCAAAAUGGUAUAGUUCGGCAUGAAAACCAAGUUGUCUUCCUUGAUGUACAUGUCAUUGUAAAGAUUGGUAAAAGCUUCUUGAAACUACAUAUUACUUCACUUUCACAAGGUUUGUAAUCAAAAACUAGAUGCACCUCCACAAUACACUAUUGAUCAAUGUCUCUGUAUGAAGCCUCAGUUGCAAUAUGUGUCAUUCAUACUUA